UGAGACGCACCGAGGAUGGCCUUAACGAUUGUGCAUAAUUCGGCGAGCAAUUUUUAACGCUCCACAGAGCUGUCAGAUGGAUCUGGGUUUCCUCGUGUUCUCUUUCUUCGCGAUGAUGAUCAGUCCGCCGGGAGAUGUGCGCUGCUCCGCCGGCGACGCAAUCAGCUGCCCAUGCUCGGCAAUUCCUCCUCUGAAUCUAACGCAACCUCCACCAGAGACCUGCUUGGAGGUCGACAGCCGUUUCCGCUACAACUGUGCAAAAGGUUACGUGAGGAAGGCGGGAACCUCAAAUCUCAUCAAAUGCCAGAACACAACCGGUGUUGUGAAGUGGACGGAGGCCACGCUCCAGUGCAUACCUGACCCAAAGAUAGUCCCAACGCCGCCACCAUCGCCGCCAGUAAAACAGGGCCUCACUGAUAUUCUCCCUAUCUCCACCAUUGCCACCACAGUCACAGCACCCACAACCAGCCUACAGAUGACCCAGAGUAUAAGCACCUCAGCUUCAGUGACUGCAGAAACAGACAGCACAGUGCCAACCUCAUCUGGUCUGCAGGUUCUGUCAGUUCACACACAGGCAGCACCCACGACCAGCCUACAGAUGACCCAGAGUAUAAGCACCUCAGCUUCAGUGACUGCAGAAACAGACAGCACAGUGCCAACCUCAUCUGGUCUGCAGGUUCUGUCAGUUCACACACAGGCACCCACGACCAGCCUACAGAUGACCCAGAGUAUAAGCACCUCAGCUUCAGUGACUGCAGAAACAGACAGCACAGUGCCAACCUCAUCUGGUCUGCAGGUUCUGUCAGUUCACACACAGGCUGAAAAAGCGGCGACGGAGACCAGAACGGUGGCCUGGAUGACGCAAGGCUCGACCAUCGCUGCGCUCUCACAGAGGAGCACAGCUGAACCUCAGCGGCAUGAACUCAGCAGCACGAUAGCGAGGAAUUCCAUUGUGCCACUGGUGAUCAUCUGCGCCUGCGCCGGGAUCUGCUUCUAUUAUUAUAAAAGGAGGACAAGAAACAUGAUCCCGGUUCGCACAUCAGAGGAGGACGUGCCCAUGGAUGGCAUUCAGCCUCAAGACAGCGUGCGCUCCCAGCCUGCCACCGCAGUGGAGGGCAUCCGACUCAACGGGGAUCAGGACUGCGGAGCGUGAUCGCCUCCGUCCAGCAGCCCGCUUUUGGCGUGAGCGUCGCCAGAGAACGUGACGGCGGGCGCGAUGCGACAUCUGUUAUUUGCACUUUUCCAAGAAUAUGAACUUCUCCUUCUUUUUUUUCUUUUUUUUUUGAGCGGAUCUUGCAAUCAAAUAUUUGUGCUGCACAUGAGGAAAUUUUGUCUGCGGCUGUCAACCUGGUGCUACGACAACUGGUGCUAUUUUCAAACCCCCCCACCCCCAGGAUUAAGUUAGCCAAAGACUGAUAAACAGUAGCUCACCCGAGUCAGUGAAGAUUAUUGUGAAAAAAUGAUUUAAAUCUUAGAAAUGUGCAUCUGAAAACAGUCCCCCAUCUAAAAACACAGUUUACUCCUUUGACAGCAUUGACAGACGUAGGAAUUGUUGGUUUUGCCGUUUUAUCAUAGGAGUGGUUGACAAUAAGGAAAAUAUAUCACCAGCCUGAUUCUAUAACUGUAAAGUAAUGAUUGUUCAAACUGGGCAUUAUGGGCCCUGGUGACGCUCUGCAGCCAUUGUGUCUCGGUUAAAGAAUAAAAAAAGACAAGGGAUGAGGAUCAAGAACUGUGGUAGUGCUUAAGCAGAAGUUGUUCAUUUCAGCCUGAAAUGAAAUUGGGUUCACUUGAAGUUGCUUUAUUUAUUAUUUAUCAGAAAACAAUCACAGAGUAGCCUCUGAGUUAAGCAAAAGAUCAACGUUUCUGAUCGCAAGAGCUCGAGAAAUAUGUACAGAAAUGUUUUUUUUUUAAAAUAAAUGUGACUUCAGUUAGCUGCCCGAUGAUAAUAUUCUAAGAUAGACUAAUCAGAAAGCAAAACUGAGGCUGGUAUGUUUCUCUUUAGUUAGUAGCAGGGUGCCAGACACUCGCACUCGCUCAACCUUGUCAAUAAGCGGGAGUGUUAAGACAGUUCGAGGGUUUGGCCAUUAGACAUAGGAACUUAAAGAUUAAGAUAUUAUGUGUGCACCGUUUAUGGAAGUAUUUUUAUUUCUUGUAUAUAAAAAUAAAAAAAAAUCAACGCUUACCUAAGGGUUAGUAUAAUUUAUUCAGUUAGUAAGAGCUGUGCCAGGCUACAUCAUAUCCUCUAGAUUUUUUUUUACUGAGCUUACUGAAGUAACUGAGCCAGGGAGCAAACGAUUUGUUUCGCCGUUGUUCGUUCAGCGGCCGUGACGUUACCUGCAGGCCAAAUGUCGGCCAAAAAACAGCAAUCUGUAUUAUUAUUGUGUGUUUUUUUUUUUUUUUUUAGCAUUUAGUUUUCCAGCCCUAUCUUUUUUAGAGAGCUCGGUUGAAGUACUUAAAAAAAAACACACACACACACCUUGACACUUUUCAAUUGGCUGCGCGCCUGCACAUAGUUUACCUUAACUUACCUGCUGACAUUCCGUGAAAUCCCGCUCUGAGACGUUCCCCGCUAAUUCAGUUCAGCGAGGUAGGGCUGGACGAUUGUGGAAAAAAAUAAUAAUCAGGAUUAUUUUGAUUGAUAUUGAAAUCACGAUUAAUAAACACGAUUAUUCAUUGAUUUCAAAAAAAGUAUUUAUUGAGCCACCAAAACUCAACUUUAAAUAUAACCUUUAGAAAAACAACCAGAAAUAAGUUAGUAAAGAGUAAAAAAAGUAAAAUGAUAAUAAUUAUUAUAGUAUAUAUAAAUAAUAAUAAAAAUAAUUGCAAUAAAAAAAACAAUAAAUAAAAAUAAAUACCCAGUUCAGCACGUUAGCCGUGAUGUGGUUUAACAGCCAGUGGCGUGUUGGUAGUUAAGCUUCAGUGGCUGGCAGGGCCGUGGGCAGAAUUAAUCACCCAGGUGUAAAAUACUGAGUCUUAAAAUACUGGAAUAUGGAUGGAAAAAUGUUCAUGAACACAGUAAGUAAAAAUGUCAUGAAGUGCCGUGGUUACUGAGUGGGAACAGUGCGUGUAAGCGUCACCCAUUUCCUCUCCAGGAAGCCAUCUUUGCUGAAUGUCAUACACGCCUCCUCUGUGAGUUCUUAUGUGUAGCACUUCUUUUUUGAAAAAAUUAUAUUAACUGGCCUUUUCUGUGGAAAAACCAAAAGGUAAAUUACUGCUUGUGGUUAGAGCCAUCAUCAUCGUUUUGCGUACUGUCUCGCCCUGCUUCCUCUUUGUGAAUUUGUGUUGUCGUGUGUGUGUGUGUGUGUGUGUGUGUGUGUGUGCUAAUGAUGCCAUCGUUGCGUGACAAGCUUCAUGAGCAUCUGUUAUAUACUGACUGUAUGAAUUUGUUUUUGAAAUAUGUGCCUUUCUGAUAUUUAUGGACAACUGAAUAUUUAACUGUAAAUCAGUAAUUUUCAUUUUUCAAUCAACUAUAUAUAUUUUUUUAUCGGUCGUUUUGUGUGCCUGCUUAAGAACUGCACUGUCCAUGUUCAUAGUUUUAUGGGGACUGGUUUAAAAUGAGCCUCUUCAAAGAUCACGUUGAUUUUUUAUUUUAUUUUUUUUUUUGCUGAAACCUCUUGUGAAAUAUGUCAGCAGAUAUGGAAGGCAGGAUUUCUUGAUGGUCUCCGCUGUCAAUUUGUCAUUAAAAAUGUUUUGAAAAAAAAUAAAUCAGUUCUGUUGCAAGUGACGGACCUAC